ACGUAGCGUGAUAAAGCCAAUGUGGGUAUAAAUUAACAGACACUGACACACUGACUGUCAUUAUUCAAUAAAACUUUGAUACAAGCACAUGUGUAACAGUAAUAGGCAAAGUAAUAAAAAUAUUCAAUAUAACACGGAUAGUUCUUUGAACGUUAUUGUAAUUGCCGUGAUUGUAUAACAAUUACUGAUAUAUCUUAACAUAAAGCGGAAUACGAUGGAGAAAUCAACCAUGUGCUAUUAUUUUUAUAUUUUAUAUGGAUUCAGUCUCAUUAUGUCGGCUCUGAGCCACGCAUUUAACAAUGCAGUACUAGAACGUAGAGACAGCAUGGACAAAGAACAGACUCUCAUAUGCAACAGCCAUUGUCCUUUUGGAUUUUUACCUGAUGUGGAGGGAAAACUCACGUGUAAAUGCUUUGAUCCUUGCAGAAACAUUAUGUGCCUACAAGGCGCUGUUUGUAUCGCCGAGAUGCCCAGUAACUGUGAGUGGGAGCCAUGUCGUCCGGUCACAAAAUGCCAAGAGGAGACAACACAUGUUCAUACUGUAAACAGGGACGAGUACUGGAUGGAAUUCCCCGUCGUUCAACAGGACGACCCUGACCUAUGGUGGAGCAAGAAUUCCGGAAGUGACGCAGACGUGUGUUCACAGGCUCUUCCGACUGCUGCAGUGGACUGCACACACAAGCGAAGACGUUGGUAUUUCAACCCAAUGACCGGGAAAUGCGAACGAUUUUUUGGUUGUGUCACUUCUGGAAACAAUUUCGCAAGAAAGUUAUACUGCAAGGAACAAUGUCGAUUCCCGUUUAUAAAACAAAGGAAUGCGCUAAGGGCUUCUAAAGUAACAAAAGUUCAAAACGUAGACUGUUCACUUCCUUUAAGUGCAGAGGCGUACAAAUGUGAGAAUAAAACAAAAAGAUGGCACUUUAACUCAAAAACGAAAAUGUGUCAAAAGUUUACAGGCUGUAAGACUACUGGAAACAACUUUUCAAAGAAGUCCUUCUGCAAAUCCUCAUGCCUCGCAAAGAAGAAACAUCUGUUUAUUAUGAAAGACAAACAUAUUCAAGAAAGCAGUCCGAGAUAAAUCAGCCUCGUAGUGCCCGAAACAGCUCUAUCUGUGAUAUUGAAACUCAACGGCCAGUAUUCAAUUUGGCGAUAAACUCAAAAUGGCACCGAAGGAGUGGUACAAGUGCACCGGAACCGCUUAGAAUAUAGUUCCCGGUUUUGUAUUGACAGUGAAACGAUCGCCUGCUUGGAACCAACCAGGCGUGAAAACUUGCAGUGUGCAAAAAUGGAAAGAUGUAGAGACAAGAACGGACAGUUUACUCAUUUAAAUCUUUGCAAGAAACAGUUUUAGUUGUAUGUCUCGGAUCGUAUGUCUUGAGAGUUUAGCGACUUGUCAAACAGAAUACAAUUUAACAGUUGUACGUCUGCAUUGAAUUAUGCAGCAAGGUGUAAAUAUAAUACUAUGAACAAUUAAUAGUGUGACUGUCAGUUUAUACAUUCCAUGAUUGUCUUAUUCCAUUUCCGGACAAAAUGGCUCAAGCGCUCUUUCAAGUAGAAAUAGUCUUCGUUUUAGGGACAAAGACAGCAAGCUUCAUGUUACUAUGGCAACUGACUAUCAACUAAGUUGCAGAAGUAACUUCUGAUCUGUCUCGCUGAAAAAGUUGACUUUGUGCGAAAUAUAUACUAGAGAUAGUACCUAAGUUUUUCAAAUCAUAGGUUUGAAGUUAAAAAGCUUUGAAAUGAAGAGAAAUGUCCAUAUAUUUCUCAAAAACAGAAAUAUAGACAAUAUUUUAACCAGAAGUGCUGAGUUAUGAGCAUUUAUUAUUUUCAUGAUAACGAAAAUUUUGUGAUCAAGGAAAUGUAACUCUUCUUGAACAACGAGAGCAUAAACAUCAAAGGGACAUAAUAUAGUCAAUAUUUUCUAAUUGGGUGCAUUUGAUUUAACAUUCAACUUUGAUCUGGAUUGCUAAAUACUGAUCCAUGAUACUGUGUGCUAAAAAUUUAGAACAUCUGGAACAGUUUAUUAACAGCAAAACUAUGCUUUAGCAGAAUCUAAAUAGAGUUAAGCUCUAACUGGGACUCGAACCCAGGACCUCUCACCCCUAAGGCAGACACUCUACCACUUCCCUAUAACAGCAGUAGCUAAUAGCUAUGCAGUUUAAUUGCUGGAUUACAUUGCGUGAACUGGAACAAUAAUCGGUGAACUCCGGAUUAUCGCCGUAUUCGCUUUGUUACCUAACGGCAAUUUUUGUGUAAAGAAAAAAUAUAAUCUAAUGCUGCCAACGUCAUAAUUGGUCAAAUCUGCCCAAAUUUCUCUGACGUGUUAUUCAGAGUAUGAACUUACUAACUGGCAGUACCAGUGAAAUAUUACUUACACUGAAUCUUUUAUAUUUGCCCUUUUUGCAGCUGCCGAACGGCAAAGACGAUGAGAUUUGUCCAAAUAUAAGUAAUUAGUUUACCAGUUUUGAGAGGAUUUCAAUUGAUGGGAAAUUACAGUUACAAACUAAAUACCUUUCUGCAACACAUGGAGUCAUUAGCAUUCACUGUCAAUCAGUAUUAUGACUGAGAUCGACUGUCAUUCAUUCAUUUCAAAGUUUCAUAGACAGAGUCCGUUGUUUACAUUUUUAUCGUAACCGGUGCACUUGUAAAAAUCACUUUAGUUUGAAAAAUCAAAGUAUGCGAAGAGCUAUGGUACGGUCUCUAUAUAUACUACUAAGCAGAAUCGAGUUAGAAUAUCAAUACAAAUAAAAAUUGCUGCGAUUUGGUUACUUGAAAUGCGAUGCUAAACUUGUUUUUGAAUAUUUCCUUCCCUGAUUGUUAGAGAAUAUUUAACCGAUUUAGCAAGGAUGUGACGAUGUGAUGCUAGUAUUAACGCAACAACAAAGGCAAGAAUAGUCCUCAGAAAAUGUUAAUUUGCAGAUUUUUUGUAACAAUGGAAUAUCAUUUUUGCUCCAAUUUUCUUUGGUAGAAUUAGUCUUUGGUGUAAACUUAUUACUAUAUAUUUAACAAACUAUUAUACAGGUUGUCACCGAUUUUAUUUUCCCUUUGUACUUUACAGUUAAUGCGUAUAUGAGGGUAUUGAAAUAUUCGCUCUUUCUGUGAAUCGGUGCCAAGUUGUCAUAGACGAACUAUAUAAACGACAUGGCGUUUUGAGUAAAUCAUGAUAUAAAACCAUGUUUAGAGAUAAGUCUUAAAAUGGUUGAUUUUCAUCUUAGCCUUGAAAUUGACAAGUUGGAAGAUAGCAUUUUAGACUGAUCUACAAACUUAGUUUUAUGACCUUAGUUUUAUGAGUUUGUAAUCUGAGGGAUGCUCACCUAGGGCAUCAACACGACAACGAUCUCCUAGAGAGGAGAGAAUGUUUUAGUCUGUAAUUGCUGUAAACUUUCGAGCUCGAACCAAUUAAAUAUACAUGUAUUACAAAAAGCAAAUUUCAUAGUUAGGCAUAGGCAAUGUGCAAUACAGUUGUGUAAAAUUAAAACAAAACAAGUUCUGAAUGAAUGCUCUGUUCUCCAAGUUUUUUGCUGUUUCUUUUUCCCAAACUUUGAUACUUUUGUUAUCAAACAUAGUUUUCGUCACGAAAAUGAUUGAUUUAAAAGUCAGUAAUGAUAAACAAAAAAUUUUUUUUUCCAAAUACAUUUUAGUAAGUAUUUACAUCACGUCCUUCAUGUGUCUUUAAAAUGUCUGUACAUUUACACAAAAUAACAUUGAUAACGAAUAGGACUAACCUUGAUACGACUAACUUGUUCCUGAUUAUACAAGUGCUGUUUGAAUAAAACAUAAUGUAAAAAAAUGUACAAAUUUAUGUACAAACUGUAUAAAAUACUCCUCUAAAAUUAAUGUGUUCUAACUUUACUAUGUUCAUGUUAUUUCAAACUACCAGGUGAAAUGGUAUUAUAUAUAUAUUUGGUUUGUUCAAAGUAUGGGUUAAAUUGACAUGUUAAUAACGUAGAUGUUUUUUUUUCUCACAUCUAACCAAAUCUUGUCAUUGUUCAUAGUUCAUUUAUUUAUUGUCUCAUAUGUGAAGUAUGAUUUUUAUACUAAAAUGAGAAAAAAAUAAAACUUUAAAAAUA